AUGGAUCAACUCCACAUCAACGAUUUACCGACAGAGCUGCUCUGUCAGGUGUUCGACCAACUUGAUCAAGCCCAGCAAAGUAUCGUGAUGCGAGCCUGCGUCCGCUGGUACGAGAUUCUGUCCAGCGAUUGGUACAUCCGGCGACGUCGACUUUGCCUGUGUGCCGACAACAUGUGCCAGGACGGGGACAGUCUGGUGGAGAUGAGUCGCUACCGGGCGUUCGCCGUUAACUCGCUGGCAACCAAUCGGAGCAAGGAUGUGUUUCUGGAACCGCUGCGAGAUUUUCUUUUCGGUGAAAAUGUAGUGGGACAUCUGGAAGAACUACAGCUGACACAGUUCCAGCACUCGCUGACGCAGCUGUUUGGCAGUGCUGCCAAUCUGCAUCUGCCGAGUUUGAGGAAGAUUAGUUUUCAAUGCUUGCAAGAGACAGAUGAGGAGGAUGCGACCAGCUUUCGGCUGGAGGCGCCGAAUCUACGCAUCAUGGAGUUGGAAGUUUCCGGCUCGACGGUAAGUCCGUUGGUGCGAUUGUUCAGCGGACAGAUUGAGAAUCUGAGUGUGACGUUCGAGCAUAUUGCCCAGUUCAGUGUGACGGUAGGGCCAAUUAAAUUUGCGAAUUUGAACAGUUUAACAUUGAUCGCUCGAUCCGACGAUGUGUUUCCAGUGCCGAAUGUUAGCUUGAUUCAUGCAAAGUUGUUCGGCCGGCUAAAGUAUUUGAAACUGGUGGAUGUGGAGAAUAUGUUUCAUCCCUUUUACAAGGCUAUCCUCCGAGAGGCUAAAAAUUUGGAAACGUUAAUUAUUCACGGUCAGAAUAUGGGUAAAGGCGCUUUCGAAGAGAUAGGUAAUCUGCAGAAACUGGUGGAACUGCAGCUGAUGGUUUACAUCGAAAAGUUGGACACAGCGAAGAAGUUAUCACUUCCGAACUUGAAACUACUGACGACCUUUGUUGGCUCACUGAUUCCACUGGACAGUGUCCCGAAGUUGCGAACACUGUCCAUUAAAAAUCAUACACCAUUCCGAAUGAGAUUCUUUUUAAGUGACGCGGAGAAUCUCCAUUCGUUCUUUCGAGUAUUCAGUCAGCAGCUGGAAGUGCUGAGGCUGGAUAAGACCAGCACGUUGUUCAACUCGUUCGCUAAGGCAGUUUGCACCAUGAAACGGCUCAAAGUUCUGGAAAUGGUGGAUGUAGAAACGGAACAGAAGGAUAUUGAGUUGAUCGUUGGUUCACUGAAGCAGCUACAGAAGGCACAUUUUGUGAGGUGUAAUGCAUUGAAAAAAUAUGCAAAUGUGACCAGUAAAAACUUUUACGGGAAGCUUAGGCGUCAGAACGUGGACUGCCAGAUAGGGUACAAAUUGGGGGCUUCUCCUGUCGCUGAUGAAUUCGAAGAUUUUUGUUAUCCAGGAUAA